CCUUCAUUGUGUGGCUAAUGAAGGCCAACGUCCUUCCUGAAGCCACGCCUUCGGUUCUCAGUCAGGUGGCCUUCCAAGCGCUCAUCCCGUGUUUCAUGAUGACCAAAGUCGCCUCUACUCUCUCCGUGCAGCCUCUCUCCUCGCUCGCCUUCCUGCCUCUCCUCGCGGUCUUUCAGAUCCUGUGCGGAUUAGUGCUAGGCAAGCUAGCCUGCACCAUCGCCUACCGCCGUCCCUCCUCGCUCCCCUCCCCUCCUUCUGCCCGCCACAUCGCCUUCUCCGUCGCCCAGAGCAUCGGCCUCUCCCCCUCUGCUGCCGCCCUCCUCUCGGGCCUCCCCUUUCCGCAACGGGACGGGGGAGAGGAGGGGGCGGCAGGCGGCGAGAAGGUGGUGCCUGGGCGGGGAGUUUUGUCUGCACCUGGGAUGGUUGGGGCGGCAGAGCGGGCGGCGGGGAGGAAAGAGUCGGUGGUGAUGGCAGCAUGUGCGUUUGGAAACUCGCUCACUCUGCCUCUUGUGUUUCUGGCAACGCUGCUGACUCGCGCUGAUGCUGACAGGGCUGCUGGGUACCUCGCACUCUUCAUGGUUGGCGGAUCGACUGCCUUCUGGACCCUAGGUUACAGCAUGUUCAGAGGGGGGAGUAAUGCACAGGAAGAGGGUGACGAGGAGGGGGUAGAGGGGAGUGCAGCAGCAAAGAUGGAAGCAACAGCAGCGGCUGCAGCAGCGAUGGGAAUGACGGGGUUUGAACGUGCUGCAAGCCGUGUGAUGGAGAUGGCAAAGAAAGUGCUCAACCCGCCUAUUUAUGGGGUGCUAGCAGGUCUGCUAAUAGGAGCCACACCACUCGGUCACUUCUUCCUCCCCGCCUCCUCCUCCUCCUCUGCUGCUGCUGCCUCCUCCCUCCCAGCCUCCUCGUGGCUCUUCAGCCCUGCCACUGCUGGCAUCUUGCACGGCCUCAUGGAGAGGCUCUUCAGCCCUGCCACUGCCGGCAUCCUGCACGGCCUCAUGGAGGCAGCAGCCAUUCUCGGCAUUGCGAGUGAAGCAGCAGCCACUACACUUUCUUCGUCUGCUUUGUCCUCUGCUUCUUCUGCUUCUUCUCCCUCCUCCUCCGCUGCUGCGCUGCCCUCCUUGCAAGAUGAUAGGGCGCUCUGGGUGGUGUGUGCUGUGCGCCUGCUGCUGCUGCCCAUGCUUGGGACCGUCGCAGUCACGGCACUAUACAACGCCAAGUUGAUUCCCCAAGACCCCAUCUGUGCACUCACUCUCAUGAUCCAAACCGCCAUGCCGUCGGCACAGAAUCUCGUGCUCAUGGCGCAGCUCAGCCCCGCCACCAAGCCUCUGGCGGGAAUGCUGGCCUCACUCAUGCUACGACAG